AAGAGGUAUUUGCCCCUUUUCCCUUAUAGAAGUAAGAACGGAAUACGAAUCCACAUGGCUCUGCGAACAAUCGUCUCCGGUGUGAAGCGCCGUCUUUUGCCGCCCCCCGCCAAUCGCUCGCCUCACAUCCCCUCCUCUCUUCAUGUGGUCAGAUGUUGCGCCAGCGUCUCCUCAAUCCUGACCCUGACCACCUGUUGCAUUGAGUGUGCUGAAAUAAUGCUCCAUUUCCCUAGGAUGGACUUUGAACGAUGGAGGGUUUCCGUGGAAUACCCUAAUGAUGAAGAUGAUGAAGAACCAGAGGAUGAAGAGAAAUCGAUAGACUUCUAUACCAAAACGCUAACCAAAGUUGUUGGCAGUGGGGAAGAAGCUAAGAAGAGGGUUUACGAUGUUAUUUCCUUCAACCGUAAACACUACACGUUUGCCUACAAGGUUGAUUCUAACACCUCAUGUAAAAUUCAAGGUAUGAAGUUUGGCCUGUUUCCUUUUUAUACAGAUGUGCCCACUGUUUGGGGCAAUAGGCCAUAUUUAAAUCCUCUAAAUCCUCGUGCGGCGAUUAAAAGUGUUGAACCGAAAGCUGUUGUCAGCGUUAGAAUGGAGACGUUUGACGAAUGAACAUUGCAGUGGUAAUUAACAAGGAUCAAAUGCAAUAUUAUGCCAUGUGGUAGACUUGUUUUUAUCUCAUUCUUUUUAGUGUGCUUAGUUGUGUUGUCUUGUUUGAUGGAAAAACAAGGUUUUAUCCAAUAGCAUUAGGUAUUCAUGGGGAAAACGAAGUCUUUAUUGGCGAACAUCUAUGCCUCAUGAGGUCUUUUUAUUGUUAUAGGAGCUGUUCUAUUCAAAUGUUAUAUAUACUGUGUAUAAUAUAAUGUUACUUUUAUUUGUUCCACACUA